UUCAGCCGCGGUGCUCGUCGCGGCCCAAGGCAUACGCAUCGCAAGAAUCUCUGUAAUUAGUCGUUUGACCGCGCGCACUGCUCUAGCGCUCAUCCUGCUGCAGUCCAACACUCUGCAAAAAGGGCUGGGACUCUGGUGGCAGGCACCAUCAAAAGGGCUGGGACAGCCAUGGCGCCGUCGAUCGGCGAGGCCGCGCAGCACCUCCUCGAGAGCUGGACGCGCGACGACUGGCACGCGGCGGCCAAAUCGGUCACCGUGCGACGCGUGAAACCGGCGCUCAUCUUCGGCCUCGCCUUCUGGGCGAUGCGGAAGGUCGCCGAGCUCGCGCAGUUUUACUACAAGAAACGAAAACCGCCGCCGCGGAAGCCGCAGCCCGAGAAGAAGCAGGGCUGGGGAUCCAUCGUAGCGCUCCUCGGCGUGCUCGUGACGAUCGCGGCCGGCGUCCAGGCCUGGUGCUAUCAUAGAUACGGGCCCUUGUUCUUCUGGGCGGCGGAGAGCAAGCAGCUCGACCUGACGCCGCACGCCUGGCGCGCGCUCCUCGAGACGCGGAGCGUCGCGUUUAUUGGCGGCCACCACCGCGCCGGCACGACGCAGCUCUGGCGGAGCGUCGCGCGGCAUGCGGAGGUUGCGUCCUUCGGCGAGCAGCGGGACUGCGGCCUCGACUUUAGCGAGGGCAUCUUCGCGCAGGACGUCUACCCGCGUUUUGGCGUCGGCGAGGUCCAGGACUUCCUCGGGAGUUCGUCGACCAAGAACACGGGCCUGGGCCGCUACGCGUUGGGUGCUGUCGAGGACGUCUACUGGACCGAGGGCCACUUUACGGUGAGCGGCCACGCGCAGGCGCGCGUGCUGAACCGCUUCGGGUUUCUGUGGGACCGGCACUCGGGUUUAGAUCAGGCCAAGGUUCUGUUGGAGAAGAGCCCGCCGAACGCCGUGCUCGCGCGGUACCUGCAAGCAUUGGUCGACUGGCCGGACCACGUCCGGGCGCCGGAGAAGACGUGCGCCGCCGACGCGGAGUUUUGCGACGUCGCGCCGCCGCCCGCGCCGUUAUCGUCGCGGGCGCGGUUCAUCUUCGUGACGCGGCACCCCAUCGCGAACGCGGUCUCGCACCUCGCCUACAUGAAGGACGGCACGGUCCCCGAGCUCGUGGCGCACUGGGUCGCCGUCGAGGCGUACAUGCGGUCGAACGUGCCGCGGCUCGCGCACGUGCGCAAGGUCAAGUUCGAGGACUUCUGCGCCGUCGCGCCAGUGCGCAAAUCACCUAGUGAGUCGAGCAGACGUCGCGUCGAUGGCGUGGAGAGACGAAGGCGCCGUGAUGUUUGAUUCCCGCACAGGCGCCCGCGGAGUCGCUCCUCGACCUCUGGACGUUCCUGGGCGUCGAGGCGGACCUCGCGGCGGCCGCCGCGGCGACGGCCGACGUGCGGCGCGACCCCAACAAAAUCCACCGCGAGACGUACUGCGCGCCGGUCCGCGCGGGGAACCCGUCCGCCGCCGCGGCCCACGCGGUCCUCGCGGACCGCUUCGCCGGCGUCAUCGAGGACGCGCACGGGUAUGCGGUGCGGGACUGGUGUAGCGUCGACGAGUGAACUCGCUUGGGGGAUAUUGUAUAUACAUGCACAUAGUUAUGA